GGAACCAACACGUGUUAGAGCAAGAAAGAAAACAUCUUAUCUGUUACAGCUUGGACAUCAACAGCAGAUAGUUGUCCUCUUCACCUGGCCCUCUCUAUCUGCAUAAUAUUAGCAUAAAUCACAGGAAGUGGACACAGCAUCUCUACAAGAAGGACUAUUUCAGAGAUUAAUUUUUAAUGUGAGAAACAGGAAGGAGAAAGACGGAGAAUGGCUGAAUUCAGGUGGAUUCAAAUGUUUUCAUCAGUGAUACUAAUGCUUCAAUUGUCAGCAGCAGCAGCUGACUACUCUGAGUUUAUUAUCAGGGAUGAAGGUGAGGUCACUUUGUCAUGUGAAAAUGUGACAGAUGAUCAAGAUAAAUGUGACAGAACUACCUGGCUCCUAAGUCAAUCAAAUAGAGCCGUAGUAACACUGUUUGAAAACGGGAAGAUUCACCAAGGGGCCGAAAAUAAAUCAGACAGACUGAGUGUUACAGCAAAAUGUUCUCUGGUUAUAAAGAAGCUCACAGCUGAGGAUGUUGGUCAGUACACCUGCAGAAGGUUCAACAAAUCAGGACAAAAAGAAGGUUCAGACUCUGUAGCUGAGCUGUCUGUUGUUAACCUAACUGAAUAUAAGGAUGAUGACACAGUGACAUUGAAGUGCUCUGUGUCCACAUAUAAAGAAUGUAAAUACACUGUGAAGUGGCUCUAUGGUAACAAAGACCUGAGGAUGUCACAGUCUGCCUGCAGUGUGACCUUUGCAACAUCUGAUCAUAUUUACACAUCCAAGAACUCUGAGAUGUUGAAGUGCCAAGUAGCACAUGGUGGAAACGUGCAGGAGUUUAUCUUCAGUCAAUCUUCUGGUGUGUGGAAGUUUAUUGUUGUAGCGCUGGGGUUAACAGUACUCAUAAUGAGUGCUUUCAUAGGCAUCAUAUGGAAGAGAGUUAAAGGACACAAAUCACAGAUGAAUGAAAAUGCUGAACUCAGUUUAAACCCUGCAGUGACUCUGUCUGCUCCAGGAACCAUUCAGGACUCUGCUGAAUCUGAAUACGCUGUUCCCUCCAUCAGCUACACCAACAACACCACCAGUAAAGCUCAGGUUGUGGGUCAAGAUGAUGAUGAAGAUGAUGACACAGUGACCUACAUCACCAUGAAAAGUCACAUCACUUCUGCUGCACCCUCCAGUGAUCCCAGCAGCCUCUAUGCUGCCAUCAACAAGCCAGUGAGAGACACGUGUUGACGAAACAGCUACAGCUCAUACAAGCUUUCUUACGUUACACUGGUUAUGGUUGCGCUCAGGCCCUUUUCAACCUGUUAUUUGUAUCAGAUUGUGUAAAAAUGUUUCUAAUAGGCUUAAGUUCUCCAUGUUUAACAAAAAGGAUAUUAUACUGCUCAUUUACAUUUCUAACACAGAAUGUUGCACUAUGUUUUAUCCAUAAAUUGUCUCCAGUUUGACAAAGUUCAGAAUUUAUUACUGUAGCAAUCCCUUUAUCCAGAAGGGGGUGCUGUAUAUUCAUUAUAACAAAAUGUGAAGCAGUGGAAGAAAUAAUCUAACAUCCUCAGACAUAAUAAAA